AUGUUAAUGAAGGUAAUCGAAUACAACACUAUCAAGUCUUGCCACGCUGGCAACCGUCCCAAAAAGGAAUUCGAACGUGAUCUGUACGCUAUCCGAAUUCGGCGUAUACUCCACGAAACUUGUCUUCCAAAUACCCCAUCCCGGACCAUCCCUCGCAUCUAUCGUCCUGACCGGCUCCCCAUUGAGCAUCACUCCUACAAACCCAGCAUCCAUGUUAUCGAACCAUACUGA